CCUGCCUCCUCCUGGUUCCCAUGGUGGGGGAGUUGCUCUCAGGGUUUUAAAACUAGCACAGUGGGUUUAGUGCUGGUGGGAGGGGCUGUGUCUGGGCUGUGGUAAAGUGAUGGAAUGUUUUCCCAGCAUGCGAGUCAGAAACAUCUUGUGCAGGGAAAGGGCUGGGGCAAAUCAUGAUGUGAUAGGAACUAAAGGCCCUUCUGAAAUCUUCCCUGUCACCCUUCUCACCCUGACAGGUGGCAGAGUAACACCCACCUUUGACUCCAGAUUGUCCCAGCUUCCCACGGGACAGGGAAGGGAACUGGCUGUAGUGGAGCCAGUCCAGGGGCCGGUGACUUUCGAGGAGGUGGCUGUGUAUUUCACCAGGGAAGAGUGGGCUCUGCUGGACCCCUGUCAAAGAGCCCUCUGCAGAGAUGUCAUGCAGGAGAACUAUGAGAGUGUGACCUCGCUGGCAGGUGAUGCAAUGGUAUGUGACAAAGAGGAGCAGAAUUCUCAGAAGGAAAAUGUUGAGCAAGUGGAUAAACACAGAGCAUUAUCGCAAAGAUCAAAAAGGAAUGUGUCCAGGAGUCAUGAGCAGGGAAACUCCUGUGAGAUUCAGCACAGACCAGAAAGAGAACAGGGAAACCAUCCAGGGGAGAAAGUGGGUAAAUGUAUUUCCUGUCGGGGAACUCAGAAGGACCUCAAUGAAACCACAACACAGCAGGAAAUCCUCAGGGGAAAGAGAAAAAAUACAUGCACUGAGGAUGGGAAAAAUUUAUGUGACUACUCAGUCGUUAUAAAGCAUCAGAGAAUCCACACAGGAGAGAGGCCCUAUGAAUGCUGUGAGUGUGGGAAAUGCUUCACUAAGAGCUCAUCCCUUUCUGAACAUCAGAGAAUCCACACAGGGGAGAGACCCUAUGAAUGCAGUGAGUGUGGGAAAAACUUCACUCACAGAUCAGGCUUUUUUCGCCAUCAGAGAAUCCACAGAGGGGAGAGGUCCUAUGAAUGCAGUGAGUGCGGGAAAAGCUUCAAUCGCAGCUCGCACCUUAUUAGGCAUCAGAUAAUCCACACAAGAGAGAGGCCCUAUAAAUGCAGUGAUUGUGGGAAAAGUUUCACUAAGAGCUCAGCCCUUUCUGAACAUCAGAAAAUCCACACAGGGGAGAAGCCCUACGAAUGCAGUGACUGUGGGAAAACCUUCAAUCGCAGCUCGCACCUUAUAAGGCAUCAGAGAAUCCACACAGGGGAGAGGCCAUAUGAAUGCAGUGAGUGUAGUAAAAACUACACUACCAGCUCAGCCCUCUCUGAACAUCAGAGAAUCCACACAGGGGAGAGGCCCUAUGAAUGCAGUGACUGUGGGAAAACCUUCAAUCGCAGCUCAAACCUUUUUACCCACCAGAGAAUCCACACAGGGGAAAGGCCCUAUGAAUGCAGUGAGUGUGGGAAUACCUUCUCUUGCACGCCUGACCUUUUCACACAUCAAAGAAUCCACAGAGGAGAGAUGCCCUACACAUGUUCUGAGUGCGGGAAAAGCUUCAAUCAGAGCUAUACCCUUAUCAGACAUUGGAGAACUCACACUGGAGAGAAACCCUACACAUGCUCUGAGUGUGGGAAAAGCUUCAAUCAGAGCUCAAACCUUAUCAGACAUAGGAGAAUCCACACAGGGGAGAAACCUUAUGGAUGCUCUGAGUGUGGGAAAUGCUUCAUUCAUACUUCAGCCCUCAUCUCACAUCAGAAAAUCCACACAGGAGACACGCCCUACACAUGCUCUGAAUGUGAGAAAAGCUUCUAUCAGAGCUCUGACCUGAUCAAACAUCGUAGAAUCCACACAGGAGAGAAACCCUACACAUGCUCUGAGUGCAGGAAAAGUUUCAAUCAGAGCUCAACCCUUAUCAGACAUCAGAAAAUCCACAUGAGAGAGAACUGUAAUAAAUGCCUUGACUAGGGCUGGCCAAAGAUUUUUCUUUUAAAAAAACCCACAUUUGCUAAUUCCCACAGAGUGAUCUUUGCACCAUCUUCAGCGUGGUCUCUCAGCUCCCCCAGAUGAGUUGCCUGCUUCUGCUUUUUGCAGCUCACCCUUCUUUGGGGUCAGUCCUGUG